UGUGUGUGAGUGGUGGGGGAAAGCAGAGAGUGAGCUGGUGGCUUUGCAAGAAUUUGCAUCAGCAUCGUUUCAGAAAAAUCUCUGCUGCCACAGCUGUAGUCAUCCAGGGAGGAGGGUGCACAAGGCAGAUCAAGGGGACGAGAAGAGAAACAGGCUCUUACAGUGGCAAGUACCUCAGCAGCAUUCAUAAGGUACAGUGAUUGAUGUCCAAUGUGUACCUCAGCAGUGGGAGCUAAAGCAGGUUUUCAUCCUCAGAGACCAAAGCAGCAGACAGAUGUAUCAGGAAAUACUCUGAUUUAGGGUGGGUUGUAACUGAUUGCAGACAUGAAGAUUUUCUAAAUGGAUAAGAAUCAUAAACUCUGAACCUCCUGACAAUCACAGCAUCAUCCCUCGGACUAUAAGGCAGCCUUUGACCUCAGCCUCUGUUUUCUGGCCGUACUUCCUGGCUUUGAAGGAUGGGUGAUGGGCCUGUGACUGAUCCUGCCUGCCUGCCUUAUCCCACCCUUCAAUGGAGCCGAUGUGGAACUCCUCCCACCCACCUCCACAGCUCAUGUCCAACAUGUCUGCCUCCUCUCUGCCUGAGGGCUGGGCUCUGUCCCAGUCGCUAGCCCUGCUGGCCAUGCUGCUCAUGGAUCUGCUGGCUGUGGUGGGUAAUGUGGCUGUCAUGGCGGUCAUUGCCAAGGCCCCACAGCUCCACAAGUUUGCCUUUGUCUUCCACCUGUGCGUGGUGGACCUGCUGGCAGCCCUGGUGCUGAUGCCCCUUGGCAUGCUCUCAAGCCGAGCGUUCUUUGGGGAGGCCCUGUGCCGGAGCUACCUCUUUCUCAGUGUGUGCCUGGUCAGCGCUGCCAUCCUCUCGAUAUCUGUCAUCAAUGUGGAGCGUUAUUACUACAUCAUACAUCCUAUGCGCUAUGAAGUGAAGAUGACUGUUGGCCUGGUAGCAUCAGUGCUGGUGGGGAUAUGGGUCAAAGCCCUGGCCAUGUCUGCUCUGCCGCUGCUUGCUUGGUUCCUGCAAGGUGGAAAAACUCCUCUUUUGGAGAGUGGUGGGGUUGGGGGAGGAGGAGGUGGGGCUGUCCCAUCUCCCCCUGCUCAGGGUCACAGGCGCUGCUCACUGCAUUGGACAGGGGGAGGGUCAAACCGCUUGGCCUUCAUGGUCCUAUUUACUCUGGUGUAUUUCCUGUGUCCACUGCUUGUCAUUCUUGUUGUGUACUGCAAUGUGUUCAAAGUGGCUCGGGUAGCUGCCAUGCACCACGGGCCUCUGCCCACCUGGAUGGACACACCUCGUCGCCAGCGGUCAGAAUCACUCAGCAGCCGUUCCACUAUGGUUACCAGCUCUGGGACGGGGACAGGGACAGGAAGAGCCACUCCACAGCGCCCCUUUGGGGGAGGAAAGGCUGCAGCAGUGUUGGCGGCAGUAGGUGGGCAAUUCCUCUGUUGCUGGCUGCCCUACUUUACUUUCCACCUGUAUUCAGCACUGGCUGCCAGCCCCCCAGCCACACUGGCCUCUCUGGAGGAAGUGGUCACCUGGAUUGGCUACUUCUGCUUUACCUCCAAUCCCUUCUUCUAUGGCUGUCUCAACAGACAGAUCCGGGAGGAGCUGGGCAAGCAUCUACCUUGUCUGUUUCGUCGAGCAGGGGUUGAGGUGGAGGACAGACUGCCCAGCCGUGAAGGAUCCAUAGAGGAGAAUUUCCUUCAGUUUCUUCAGGGCACUGGCUGCAACUUGGAUCCUCAAAACUCUCACAGCACCUCCAGUCCUAAGGGGGAGGCCUGCUGCCCCAUGGCUCAGUCCCAACCAACUGAGCCAGCACAGCCCAUACCCAUUGAUUUCCGUAUCCCUGGACAAAUUGCAGAGGAGACUUCAGAGUUUAUUGAGACUGAACAGCUGUGGAAAUUUUUAUCCCGGAAGGAGAAUACAUGUCGAUUUUUUUGACUGCCCUGCUCAUCAGGGUUUUUACAGUACCUCAGAUGCAGGAAAAGAAAAAAACAUUAUUUAACAGCCCUGUGCAUUUCCAUGUCAAGUGUGACUCCUGCACACUUUAUUCUAAUGUUGUAAGGAGACUAAAGAGGAUGUGAUUGCUUGUUGUGGUUUUAUUAGAAAUGAGGGUGCAGACUUUGCUAAGUUUUUCAGCUUGAGUUUGAUGAUGAAAUGAAGUAGUAUUUUAUAGCAAAUCGUUAGGGAUUAAUUUGAUAAAAUGUAUGUGGAAAAGUAUGAUUGAAAUAUCAAAUCCUUUCUUAAUGUGCAAACAGGGUUUUUAAGAUAUUUUUUCAGUGACAAAGCCAAGCCCAAAUCAAAAGCUUGCUAAGCUUGAUCUCUUCUUUUCAUCACGUCUAAAUAUCCCAAACUGUGAAUGACAUUGAAUGUUUGUGUUAGGAUUUUCACUUGGUCAUAUUGUUUUUUUUUAAUGCUGUGAUUAAAAUAAAAGAAUUACUUCCACUGUACUGCAAGAAAAUGAAUGUGUUUAGAAAAAACAUGGCUAAAACUUGAGUGAGAGAUGCUGUUGUAAUAAAGAGUUUCUAUGUUUGUAAAACA